AGAGGGCGGGGUCGGUGACCAUGGCCCCGCCCACCCACAAAGACCCUGCCCAAAGCCCAGCAAGCCCCGCCCCUCCAGGCACCGGUCGCAGCUCCCGAGCUGCGGACACCGCACGCGGAAGUAUGGUCGCCCCUGGAUCUGUGCUUGGGCUGGUGCUCCCUUUAAUCCUGUGGGCGGACAGAAGUGCAGGUAUUGAUUUCCGCUUUGCUUCAUACAUUGAUAAUUAUAUGGUGCUUCAAAAGGAACCAGCUGGAGCAGUGAUCUGGGGCUUUGGUAUACCUGGAGCCACGGUGACAGUGACCUUGUGCCAAGGUCAGGACACCAUCAUGAGGAAAGUGACCAGUGUGAAAGCACCCUCUAACACCUGGAUGGUGGUACUGGAUCCUAUGAAGCCUGGUGGACCUUUUGAAGUGAUGGCACAACAGACUUUGGGGCCAAUGAACCUUACCUUGAGAGUUCAUGAUGUAUUGUUUGGAGAUGUCUGGCUUUGCAGUGGGCAGAGUAACAUGCAGAUGACUGUUUUACAGAUAUUUAAUGCUACAGGGGAGCUGUCCAACACUGCUGCCUACCAGUCUGUCCGCGUCCUCUCCGUCUCUCUCACUGAGGCAGAGGAGGAGCUGGAGGAUCUCAACGCAGUUGACUUGCCGUGGUCGAAACCCACCAAAGAAAACUUAGGCAACGGAUACUUCACGUACAUGUCAGCAGUAUGCUGGCUCUUCGGGCGUUACCUAUAUGACACUCUGCAGUAUCCCAUUGGGCUGAUCUCCUCCAGCUGGGGUGGGACACCCAUUGAAGCCUGGUCAUCAGGAAGGUCACUGAAAGCCUGUGGAGUCCCUACAAAAGGGUCCACUGCACAUGAUGCUGAAAGUGGCCCCAGUGGGCACUCUGUGCUCUGGAAUGCUAUGAUCCAUCCACUACAGAAUAUGACUCUGAAAGGGGUGGUAUGGUACCAGGGGGAGAACAAUAUAAAUUAUAACAAGGACCUGUACAAUUGCACGUUCCCUGCGCUCAUUGAAGACUGGCGCCAAACUUUCCACCGUGGCUCCCAGGGACAGACGGAGCGUUUCUUUCCAUUUGGAUUUGUCCAGUUAUCUUCGUAUUUGUCUACGGACAACGCAGAUGAUGGAUUUCCUCAGAUCCGCUGGCAUCAAACAGCAGAUUUUGGCUUUGUCCCCAACCUGAAGAUGCCCAAUACUUUCAUGGCUGUAGCUAUGGAUCUCGGUGACAGGGACUCACCUUUUGGCAGCAUCCAUCCCAGGGACAAACAGACUGUGGCUUAUCGGCUGCACCUGGGGGCCCGUGCUGUGGCUUACGGUGAGAAGAAUUUGACCUUUCAAGGACCACUGCCUGAGAAGAUAGAACUCUUGGCUGACAAGGGGCUGCUCCAGCUUAUAUAUUACCAGAGAAUCCAGGUGCAGAGGCAGGAUAAGAAGAUAUUUGAGAUCUCAUGCUGCAGCGACCGUCAAUGCAAGUGGCUCCCAGCUCCCAUGAACACUUUCUCCUCCCAGACCUUGACCCUGAGUAUCAGCUCUUGUCCUGGCACUGUGGCUGCUCUUCGCUACGCCUGGACCACAUGGCCUUGUGAAUAUAAGCAGUGUCCCCUUUACCACCCCAGCAGUGGCCUGCCAGCCCCUCCCUUUAUUGCUUUCAGUACAGACCAGGCUCCUGGACAUUAAAGCUGCCCAAUGACAGCUGCUGUACGGUCAGAUCUUAGAUACAGGGGGAGGUGGGUUUUGGCAUUUAGGAGUUUAAAUGAUGACAACUGUUGCUUUAAAGGAAAUUGAUAGAAAGCCUCCCCGAACAGCUCCCAGCUAGCACGUGGCUGUAUAAUCUGAGAUAAACCAGGGUCAGCAGGUAACUUGGAAUACUUGCCUUUGCCCCCUCACUAGUCUAAGCCUAAAAACUGGACUAGUUGUGAACUAUAACCAAAUUGGACCGCAUCAUAUACCACCCUCAUAUCAAUGGGAAUGAGGUGUCUAACUUUUGCCCCUUUUCCUCUAGAACUGUGGAACCUCACAGUUAGAAGAGGGUUUAAAAGCCAUAGAGGCUGAUUAGUGUUUCCCGUGUCCUUUGCCAAUUUUUUGACAAGUGGUUAUUGUGUAACAAGUUUCUCAAGCUUCCAAAGGUUUUUCUUCAGGCGGAACUGAAAUCUUUCAUGAAAUUUUACUACAUGUGUCUUCCAGAUAACUGAAGACAGACAUAUUGGUAUUUUCCUUAAGCCCAAAACAAUUGUAUUCCUUCAGUCUAAAUAAUGAUGUUUAAAACAAACGAACCAAUUCAAGGCCAGCCUGGGCUACAUAGUGAGUUCAAGGCCUGGCUGAACUAUAUAGUGAGACCCUGUCUCAAAAAAGUAAAAACAAACCAACUAGGUCCAAGCAAGCACAUUGCGGGGGCGGGGGGGGGGGCAAGGAUCUGCCUUAAGGCAGGCACUCAGGUGGCUGCAGUGAGGGGUGGGAGCAAAGUUGGAUUACAGGUUUAGGGAAAUAUGACAGUGGUGGUAACUAAGGAAAACUGUCAUUAGAGUUAAAUAUGUUUCAGGCCCUUUCAAAUCAAAAGACUGGGCCAGGGAUGUAGCUUAGUGGCAUAGCACCUGCCUGGCAAGUGUGAAGUCCUGAAUUCGAUUCCCAGUUACCCCUGGAAAAAAGUCAAAAGACAUAAGGAUAAUCCACAUAGAAGAAAAAAGGCUGAAAGUAAAGCUACACAAUAAGCUUAUACAAUAGUGCACAUGAGACAAAUGUGAAAGAGGCUUUUAUCUAUACUAAUUAAGAAUCAUAAUGCAAUUUACUAGUUGGUUAAAAACAGCUGAUGACCCUUGAAAACUCAGAAGUUGGAAAUAAAAGCAUUGUGACUUGUGAUGUUUACAUAUUUGUGUCAUCAAAACUGUGGUAGGAUUAGCGUGUUUGAAGCAUGGGGAAUGAAUAAGAAUGUUAUCUCUCUGGAGCUUUUAUCCCUUGGAUGUGAAAAACGAGACCUAAAGCAGUGAGCAUCGCUCUCUGCACCCUCACGGGUUCUGGUGUGGUGCCAAACAGCAGGAAGAGCUUUAUCAGUGAUACUUAGUAAAAAUAUCUGGAAACAAGUCUUGUGUCCUGCAAGGAACUUCAAGAACUACCUAGUGUACAGUUAACUCCUAAUGACUACACUUUUACCUCUUCAUGCAUCUGGCCUCACAGGAAUCACGAACCUAGUAAGUUUCCUGAGAAGAGGUAAAUCUACCUGUCCGCCCCGCUCCCAAUUCCAUUAAGCAUAUACCAAGGGCUGUUCUAAUUUGGACGCAGCUAGAAGCAGCCAAGAACUCUAAGCCCAUGUUCCUGUACCACUUAUUUCUAGAUGUCCCCCCUAAAACCUCAGGCAUUCACAGGUGGGGCUUUUGCGAGUGAUUGGAUCAUGGGGGUGUGAUAUGCAUGAGAUUAGUCCCCUGGUGAGUUUAGAGCUAAAUGUGAUGUUGGGAGGCACCUGCUCUGAGGAGGCGGGUCACUGGGCGUGGCCUGGAAGAGCCUCCCUCCCGCCUCCUCUCUUUGUCUUUCUCUGCUUCCUGUCUGCUUUGCCAGGAGCUGCUUCUCUUCUGCCAUUCCACCCGACUUUGGAGCCAGCCCACUAUGGGCUGAAACCUCUCAAGCUGUGAGCCAAAUAAACCUUUCCUCCGUCAA